AUGGCUUGGAAUCCUUACGGCUCGUAUACUCAGGCCGCUCAAGGGCCGGAAGACGCCUAUGGUGAUCUGAGCUACGACGCUUAUCGAGAGCCAGAGACGGAUAGCUCAAUCAAUCAUGAUAGUCGCCCGACCAGAUUCUCCCGGGAGGGCAUGGACCCAUGGGACUCCCUCCACCCCGUCCCUUCCUUGAUUGCCUCAAACCAGACUUGGGCCAGCCAAGAUAACAGCCGGGAGGAACAAGAGGAGAUUAGCAACCUCAGAUACACGGCGGUUGUGGACGAUGCCAAUGACUUUACACUGAAGAACGGCUAUGAUCUGCAUGCAAGAAGGCGGAACAGACACACUGAGCUCAUGGUUGGCAUCACGUACUACAACGAAGAGAAAUCCCUGCUAUGUCGAAGCUUGCACAGUAUAAUCACGGCCUGUCGCAGCAUUCAAACUCGCAAACGCCAUGACUUUUGGAACAAGGGUGGACCCGCUUGGCAAAAGCUGGUUGUUUGUAUCACCAUUGAUGGACUCAGAGCUGCCGAUCGCGGGGCCUUGGAUGUGCUUGCUGCCAUUGGAGUUUAUCGACAUGGUUUGCUGCGAGAGACUGUCAACGAUAAGCCCGUUCGCGCACAUGUGUUCGAAUACACCACCGAACUCUCUGUGACAGAAGAACUCAAGAUUGGAGGACUGAAGGAUUCACAGUUCGCCAACUUGACGGAUCCCUCCCCUGGUCCUGUCCAGUUCAUCCUAAUCAUUAAGAACGAAAACUAUGGAAAACUUAACUCCUACCGAUGGCUAUACAACUCAGUGUCUAGAAUACUGAACCCCGAGGUCGUUGUCCACCUCGACACAGGUACCAAGAUCGAACCCGACGGGUUAAUGGCAGUCUGGAACAAGUUCUACAACGACAAGGAUCUCGGCGGUGUGUGUGGCGAACUGAAGGCUUCUACUGGCAACACUUGGACCAACAUCUUGAACCCAUUGGUCGCGGCCCAACACUUUGAGUAUAAAAUCGGAUUCCAGCUUGAUAGGGCGUUCGAGUCAGCUACAGGAUACUUGGCUCUACUACCAGGAGCCUUUUCUGCCUGGAGAUUCCGAGGACAGAUGGGAAAGCCUCUUGAAGACACCCUUCUCGGAGACCCGACCGUAAUGCAGACAAAGAGUUCUCAGAGGCCGUGGAAUCUUAACAGAUACUUGGCCGACGACCGUGUCAUUUGCUUCCAAGUCGUCAGCAAAGCUGGUCAAAAAUGGCAUCUCGAGUACGACAGCUCGAUCGUCGCCAGAACGGACAUCCCUACGAGCGUAGUGGACUUCAUCAACCAACGCAGAAGGUGGUUGAAUGGCGCGUUUUUCUCAACCAUCUAUGUCGUUACACACUGGAGUCGUAUGUAUCACUCUGGGCACAACAUCUUGAGAAUGGCGGCUUUUCAUCUACAGCUGUUCCACAAUAUCCUCGCUCUCAUCCUUGCCUGGUUCUCCCUAGCGGCGUUUCUGCUUACAACCUUUACCAUCAACGAUAUCGCAGGCGACCCCCCAGAAGGUAAGAAAAUUAGCGGAUUCCCCUUCGGCAAUGCUACUCCAACCGUCAAUGCCGUCCUCCAGAUCGUCUACCUGGCCAUGAUUCUGUUUCAGUUUAUCUUGGCCUUGGGGAGUCGACCGAAGAAUCAUGUCGUUGGAUAUACAGUAUCGUUUCUCAUGUUCGGCUUUAUCCAAGUCUACAUGAUGAUGAACCUGAUAUAUCUCACAAAACGGCUGGUCGAUUUUCGUCUGGAGAAUGAUAACGGUAGUAACUAUGCCUAUAUCAAUGAAUACUUUACAGACCUGGGACCUGCGACCAUUAUCACAGCUGGCAUUUCGAUAUUCGGGGUCUAUGUAGCCGUUGGAUUCUUGGCAUUGGAUCCAUGGCACCUCUUCACGUCAUACGCCCAGUUCCUGUUUGUCUCAUCUUCCUACGUCAACAUCCUCAACAUCUUUGCUUUCAGCAACGUCCACGACGUCUCCUGGGGCCACAAAAGCAAGCGGCAAGAGCUUCCGACACAUGAACCUUCCCGGAAUUACCUACUGCUAGCCGAAACGCGAAAUCGUGUUUCUGGAGCCAGCGACACAAGCUUUCAUGAGGACAUCCACAUCAUCGACGCCGAGUAUGAAAAGAUUGUUAUUCAGGCCUUAACCCCAGACCCGGUGAUAAAGGAGGAGAAAGGGCCUAACCAAAACGACUCGCUACUGGAGUUCCGAACAAUCCUCCUCGCGAGCUACAUCUUUUCCAACUUUUUCCUCUGCCUCAUCAUCCUCAACGACAGCCUGAAGCCUCUGUCGUUUCUUGGCUCAAGCUACUGGCACAAAAUUAGGUUCUUUCAGUUUUGGCUUUGGGCUAAUUCGGUUAGCUUCCUGCUCCGUUUCGCAGGGAGCUUCUAUUACUACUUCAUUCGGUAUCGCAACAAGUUGUUUUGGCGGCGCUAUUAA